UGUUGCAUGCAUGGCAAGAGAUCCCAUAAUGCCAUGGACUCCAGGAUUGCUUCAAAUUAUGAUCAUGGAGUUGCCACAUGUCAUCAUUCUGGGAAGAUGGUGGAUCCUGUUCCACAAUUCACACCAUCAGAUGCCAUGAAUAUGCUUACUGACCAUGACAGAAAGAUGGCCGACUGGAAACAUGCCAACUGUCGGUGGAAUCCGAGAGAUGAGCAGGAAUCUAGAUGCAGGAAGCCUUCCUGUAGAAAUCAAUUGCAACAACAGGGGUGUGGCAAUGAAGAUGGAGAAGCGUCUACCUUACUGAAAUCAAGCGCCUCUACCCUUUGCUCUCAUCGAAAGCUCAAAAUGGUAGAAAAACCUAAAUUGAAAGGGAAUGCGAGCCAGAGGUCACUCCAACCGAGAGAGUCAUUGGAAUUCCAUGGAGAAAGUCAAGAAGAUGAAGGAGAAGAGUUUGCUCAGUUGGAGAAGUUAAAGGCACACAUGCUGCACUCUCAUCCAGAUGCUGGUACUGGUGCUGAUACUAUAACUGACGAAUCUGUUGCCGGUCCAUCUACCACGUCUCCAGUCAGUGUUCAAUCCACUGUCACUUCUGCUGCUACCUGUCCGUCAAUCUUCACUCCUGUGUCCACUGCACUUUCUCUGAAAGAAGCUGCUCCUGGAUCAGCCUUUCCUGCAAUAACGGAACCCAAAAUUGGAACCAGUGGAGUUGCAACUAAUGCCCAGGCAGCUGUAGAAUCAGGAGAGUCACAUGCAUCUCCAGGUGAAAACUCAGCAGGCUUCCUCCAAACUACAGCUAUUGCCCCGGGACAAGCUUCAGUUCUGACCAACCCAGCACCAUCCACUGCCAGUGCAUCCACCACCAAUGCUUUGAUGACAACGGCCUUUCCAUUGCUGACGAUGCAUCAUCAACCAGUGGUGAUACAUCAUCACCUAUUGAUGAUAAGUAUUCAGCCAAGUAAUAAUUCAGUUCCCUGUGGGACAUAUCUAUCGUCUACUCCAGAAGGUCUACUCCAGCAGGGGAACUAUGCCAAGCGUGUGGAAGCUGAUGUCUGUCUACUUGACGGCCGCCAUGGAAUAUGUGAAGUAACGGAAUCGGCAGGCAAUGAAGCACGUCGAAAUGACAGGGAAACUAUCGUUUCCACGGAGUCGUAUGCGGCCAUUAAUAAUGAUGAAGAAUUGAACGUGUUUUACUCUGGAGUGACUGUCGCCUAG